GGCCUGACGUCAGAUGUCGCUUUCACAAACCCCCCCGGGGGCUGAAGAAGGCUCUCCGCUGCUCUGAUGGGCCAGCCCAGUCCUGGCCCAGCUCCCUGGAGAGGCAUCCGCAUCCUCUGGGCUGAGCUGUAGCUCCUGUGACGCUGACUUCCAGGCAUGAGGUGGCUCCUGCCCUGGACGCUGGCAGCCGUGGCAGUCCUGAUGGUGGGCAACAUCCUGGCCACGGCCCUCUCUCCAACCCCCACAACCAUGACCUUCACCCCAGUACCACUGGAGGAAACGAUUACACGGCCGGAAUUCUGCAAGUGGCCGUGUGAGUGCCCACAAGCCCCACCUCACUGCCCACUGGGUGUCAGCCUAAUCACAGAUGGCUGUGAAUGCUGUAAGAUAUGUGCCCAGCAGCUUGGGGACAACUGCACAGAGGCUGCCGUCUGUGACCCACACCGGGGCCUCUACUGCGAUUACAGUGGGGACCGCCCGAGGUACGCAAUAGGAGUGUGUGCACAGGUGGUCGGUGUGGGCUGUGUCCUGGAUGGCGUGCGCUACACCAAUGGAGAGUCCUUCCAACCCAACUGCAGGUACAACUGCACCUGUAUUGAUGGCACCGUGGGCUGCACACCACUGUGCCUGAGCCGCAGGCCCCCACGCCUCUGGUGCCGCCAACCCCGGCACGUGAGAGUCCCUGGCCAGUGCUGUGAACAGUGGGUAUGUGAUGAUGAUGCCAGGAGGCCACGCCAGACUGCACUGCUGGACACCAGAGCCUUUGCAGCUUCGGGUGCAGUGGAGGAACGGUACGAGAACUGCAUAGCCUACACUAGCCCCUGGAGUCCCUGCUCAACAACCUGUGGCCUAGGCAUCUCGACUCGCAUCUCUAAUGUCAAUUCGCGGUGCUGGCCAGAGCAGGAAAGUCGCCUCUGCAACCUGCGGCCAUGUGAUGUGGACAUCCGACCACACAUCAAGGCAGGGAAGAAAUGCCUGGCUGUGUACCAGCCAGAGGAGGCCACGAACUUCACUCUCGCAGGCUGUGUCAGCACACGCACCUACCGACCCAAGUACUGUGGAGUCUGUACUGACAAUAGGUGUUGCAUCCCCUACAAGUCUAAGACCAUCAGUGUUGAUUUCCAGUGUCCGGAGGGGCCGGGUUUCUCUCGGCAGGUCCUAUGGAUUAAUGCCUGCUUUUGCAACCUGAGCUGCAGGAAUCCUAAUGAUAUCUUUGCUGACUUGGAAUCUUACCCUGACUUUGCAGAGAUUGCCAACUAGGUAGGCGUGUGGCUUGGAGAACAGCUCCAUGUUGCAAAGCAGUCAGCCCUCUGUGGCUCAGGACUUCACAAUUGAGCCUUAUUUCAUCUACUUCCUCCUCGACUCUGCAUUCCCUGAUCCUGACCCUCAGUUUCUGUUCCUAUUUUGACCGUUCCAAUGGCCCAGGAAAGUGCUGCUCGGGCUCAGACAAUGGGUCCCUCCUUUGGGACAUUCUAUAUCACUCCAAAGAAAACACCUUUCUGAACUGUUCACAAUGAAAGCCAAGCCUGACCCCAGCCAGUCUGGCUCCAACCUGUGCAAGUUGUCAGAAAUCCUAAUGGGACAGUCCAAGGAAAAAACAGCAACUGAAGAACCAGAAUCACAGACUCCCUCUUCAGAUGCCCAGCCUGAGGAUGUUGAGAUCCUUUCAGACAGAUGGAUGGGAUUGGGGGAACGGGAAUAAGCUAUCAUCCCUUACCAAAUGAUACUAUCCUGGGUAUUUCUGCCCACAACAUACCAAAAGUGCUCUUAUUCCAAAGAUCUGUGUAUCACAAGUCACCAAACAUGUUCUAGGUGAGGAAAAUACUUGCACCAUUUUGAUUUGCAAUUGAAAAUCAUGUUUAAAAGAAGAAAAGGAAAAGGAAAAAAAGCCAUUUUCAUUAACCCGGGCAAUUUCU